AUGCACAUUAUAUUUCGUCUACUCUUACUUGUGGCACUCUUCACGACGCUUAGUUAUAGUCAAGGUGCUCGCGGUGGAAGUCGAACUGGUGGAAGUGGUGGAUUUCGUAGUUCAAGUAGAAGAGUCAGUGGAAGUUGCGUAGGAUCGAAUUGUCGGUCAACGGGAAUUAUUGUUGGCAGUGUGAUUGGUGGUAUUUUUGCCUUACUUGCGAUUAUUUUCUUCUCUGUUUACUGUUACAGGCGAUAUCGACGUCGACAGGUACAGUCAAAUGCUAUAGUCAGCUAUCAAAGCGACCGUGGAGGCGAUAGCAAAGUUCGUCCAAUGAAUGAACCAGCAUAUUUCAAAAGUGGAGAUUGGACUAGUCGAUAUCAUCAAUAUGGUCGUUGGCAUGGACCUCAUCAAAUAUCACUCAUGUUUGAUCAGUAUGCAAGUAGAGUGACUGGACAUGGAUACGAUGAUGUUGGUCCAUUCACUAUUAGUGGGACAUUUUCUGUAGAAAACCAGCAGAUAGCGUUGAACAAAAAUUAUCAACCAGGUGCUGGUGACCUUAAAGAAAACUUCGGACAUACAGUAACUAUACAAUUGACGUGGAAUCAAAAUCAUGCACAAUUCGAAGGCAAAUGGCGUGUGGAAACUAAUAGCUAUCGUGGUGAAGACAAAUUCGAACUAAAACUUGGAAAGUCUUCGUAA